AGAACCACGAAUUAGUAAAUUUGAUCCACAUUAUGUAGGGCCAUAUGAGAUCAUUAAUGUAACAGAUAUGAACAACCAACUGAGAGGGACACCAGUCGCAUCGAGCUGCUGAUGAACUUGACGGCCCGCCUGUGCAUGCGCAGCACUUGCUACAGAUUAGACGUUGGCAUUGUCUGUAUGCAGUGUGCUCUCGAAGCAGCCCUUGGAGCAGCAAGGAUCUAUGACAUGGUGGAGGUACACUAUCCACUACCAACGGCAUAUCCGCCUGGGGCCUGCGAUAUUUGCAGCGCGCCCCUGAUGGAGUUGCAGGCCGCCUACCACUGCGAGGAGUGUAUUGCCGCCAUCAUCAUGGAAAUGGAAUACCAAAGAGCAAACCAACCCAUACCACCGCCUGCAAUAGUACCAACCUGGUACACCGAGAGACAAAUCCGAUCGAGGCAGCCUAGACCCAGACGUACGCUUCGACUUCAUACCGCAGUUAGCAGCAUCACCAACCAUCACACGUAGCGAUAAGUACACACACAUCACACAUAACACCCGACAUAUUGCAUUACAACACCAAAACUUCAACACAUUCUAGUGAGUGUUUUCCUUUCCAAUUGAAAGCAUCACGAUUACCGCGAUGUUUCAUCUAAGGGGGGAGGUGUCACGUAGACAGUCCGUUUUUAUCAAACGUGUCUCCUUUCAAAUAAGCUUAAACAUCUGGAAAGGAAAACUCUCGGGCAAACCGACCAUUUACUCUCGUAAUAAACAGAAGGCCCACCGAUAGCAGAAC